UCUCCGCUGUCGGUGCUAUGCCGUCCCGACUCAGAUCAUAAUCGGUCUUUAUGUGACUGACGACAGUUGCGUUCCCACUUCGGCGCUUGCGCAUGCGCUUGCAUCUCGCUGCGGUGAGAGCCGACAUAUACGCAGUACAGACAUACAUAACCUCCUGUGGGCGCCCGCCCCCACCAUUCAGAGGGCGCCGGCGACGGCAACAUCAGCAUCAACAUCAGCAUCAACAUCAGCAUCAACAUUGGCAUCAACAUCGGCAUCAAACACUAGCACAUAGUCGUCCGCGACGACAAAUCACCGACAUGGAGACGGUACAGGUCGCCAUGAUGGAACGGCCGCCGCAGGAGAUGCAGGAGAAGGGGCGAGGGCGGGAUAUUUUUUUCUCGGCAGCGAGGGUAAAGAACCGGCCGUACUCGGUAUACACGGAAUUCAUGGAGUCGGACACCGAAAUCGAGCAGGGGGAUGACCAAGAGGACGACUCGGAAGUGUACAGCGAGUUUGGGGAUCUGGAGGGGAUCGAGGAUGGCGACUGCUCUCCGCGCAUCAGCAUCGGCUCGUCGGGGGGGCAGAACAGCUUUACGACAGUGUCGACGCACGACGAAGUACAAACACCGAGCUCGCUACGGCAACCCCCCUUUCCUUUCGACCAUGAGCCAAAACAACAAGUCGAGGGCCCGCGAGGGCCUCACCUGUUCCGCAGCUCCAUGUCCUCGGCGCAAUCCAUCGAGCUUCAGCAUGCGCUCUCACUCUCGCCGAUCACGCCGCAGGAUCCGCACAUGAUGGACCUACAUCUGCAGGAUCUUCACCUCACUUCCCUCCCGCGGAAGAAACGCGACACAGGGCCAUUUCAGUUCACGGACGAGGAGCUCGACACCUCGACUCUGCCGAGCUGGACCCCGGAGAUGGUUGCCCAGCAGAUGCUGAACGCCAAUAUUGAGCUCAGCGCAUGUGAGAAGUUUGUCGAGAACGAUAUCAACGGCGCCAUCCUGAUCACACUGAAGUUUGAGGACUUGAAAGAGCUAGGGAUCGCGUCGUUCGGCGUGAGGACGCAGAUCUGGGAAGAGAUCCACAAGAUGAGGAACCUCGAGAAGCCAGAACCCCAGCCGGAGACGCCCAUCGAGGACAAGCCGGACAAGAGGGUGAGGAAGGAGCUGCGGAGGCAGGAGAGUGGCUCCAGCAGUCGAAGCAGUCGGAAGCAAAAGCCGCGGCUCAAGGUCAACGAUGUCAUCUCCCCUCUCGAGUCGGUCUCCAUCGUAGGCAUUGAACAGGUCUUGCCGAAGCCUCACCACUGCUCCAAGGGCGAGAACUGCGCCAAGUGGAGGCGGAAUCAACGAUUGAUCGAAGCCUUCAAGAAAGACCACCCCUUCAUCCACGACAACGGCAUCAUCAUGAUCGCCGGCGACCCCGGGAACCCGGAGACGGCCGAGGCGAUCGUGUCGAGCGACGAGCUCCGCCCCGUCUCGGACGCCGUGCCGUCGGUGGUGGCCUCUUCGGAUGUCAUGGGUCCGGGGAACAUGCCACCGCUCCAGUACCUUCACGAGGCGACGCUCCGCAACGUUCAGGAGAGAGAUCCGCAAGAGAACGUCCGCCACUUCCUCGACUUCCAGCGCCCACACGCCAAUGCCUCGAGCGAGGUUCCCCCAACUCCUCCCUUCGAGAUCUUCCCUCAGAACAACAACCAGAAACCUACACCCGCUGCGCUCCGGAACCUCCCGAAGCUCUCCAUCCCUUCGAAGCCCUCGGUUGCCGCUCCCAGGCAGGGGCCGCAGCCGGCACAGGCCCGGUCUGCUCGUCCCGCAUCGCAGGUCAUCCCGUCCUUCCGAGAACUUAGUCCGUCGUCCGACGAGGGCACUCCCACGCCUACGGCGCCUUACCGGUUUGGCACUCCGUUCUCCGACAUGGACGUUCCCGUUACGGUAACAGAGCUCCCUCCGGUCUCGCGCGACUUCUCCCAGUCCGUCCCGCCAGACAUGGCUUAUCGCCACAACCCCGCACCUCGCUCCAUGUCCCGCAAUACUAGCCGCCGGCCGUCCUUCCCCGUCAUGCCGGCCCUGGACGAGAACUCGGUUGUUACGCCCGCCACCAGCACCUCCUCCUGCAACCGCUCUUUCUCCCAACGCGUCGGCCAGCGCCCGCUCCAGGCACCCCCGCGCGCCCAAUAUCCCUGGACACAAACCGAGCGCCCAACCCUGGAGAAGGCCAUCCCGCCACUUCCGGGCUCUGCAGCCGCCACGGCCGCUACUACUGGUGCUAGGACAACCUUCUCUCCCCGCAAGACAACAACGACGACGACCACCAUCACCACCGGUGGUAUCAACGGCACCACCGGCACUGUCAAGACCGUUAACAUCAACGGCCGCCUCUCGCCCAUUAGCGACAAGCCGCAACUCGACAUGACCGGCGGCGAGGCCAUCUCGUACCAAGGGCUGAUGCGCAAGCGCAAGACCAAGAUGCUGCGGCACGAAUGGCACGAGCACUUCUUCACGCUGCGCGGGACGCGCCUGGCCAUGCACGACAAGGCGGCGGCGGCGGGCGACGCGGCGGCCAUGAACAAGACGCUCGAGUACAUCGACAUUGACGACUACGCCAUCGCCUGCGGCAGCAUCGCCGGCGGGUCCAAGCUCAACGCCGCCUUCAAGGCCAUGCACAUCCGCCGGGCCGGCAGCGGCAACGACGACGCCAAGGCCAAGGGCGACGUCGGCGCCUUCAGCUUCCAGCUGAUCCCGCAGGACAACAAGGGCGGAGUCAAGCUCCGCAAGAGGGAGAGCGUCGCGUCCGCCGUCGCCGGCGGCGGCGGCGCCUCGUCGUCAUCCUCCUCCUCCUCCUCCUCCUCCUCCUCCUCCUCCUCCUCUUCGGCCGCCGGGGCUAACAAGGGCAAAGACGCGCCGCCGCCGAUCGAGGGCGCCGUCAACGGCACGGGCAAGACGCACCACUUCGCCGUCAAGAGCCGGGACGAGCGGAUCGAUUGGAUGCGCGAGCUGAUGCUCGCCAAGGCCAGGAAGCAGAAAGGGGAGGGCUUCGAGGUGGUUGUGAAUGGGAACAUGAUCUAAGGGGAGGGACGGUAACGGAGAGCGGUCAUUGCUUGGACGAUGACGACGACGACGACGACGACGACGACGAUUGAUGAUAUUGAUGG